CCAUUGCGCCGCACCGAUUGCUGCCCUCGCAGCUUGUCUAGGCCACUUUCCUAAUCGAGGGGAUCGUAUUCGAGGAUGCUGAUGAUGGUGGUGUGGAGUGUUUCAGGUACACUUCGCCGAGGGCUGGGUCCAUUUCUCUCAGAUCUGUCAUGUGCUGGUCGAGCUGAUCGGUAUAUCAUUCUUGCCAGUUGGCUGUGCAAGUAGUCUUCCUUUCCAUCCAUGGCACUUUCGUCCUUCGCUAUGGCGUCUCUUUCGAACUCAUCAGCAGACCUCUUCACUGAGCGUGCUCUUUUCUCUUCAAACCUUCAAUGCUGCCACCCCAACAGCAAUCCCUCCCUCUGGCAUCUCGGGGCGGGCGGAUCGAACGGCCGUGCAGUAGCCUUAGCCCCUUCCACCACUCCCGCAGCGCCUUCAGGCCAUAGAGUUCUCUUCUUUCAAUUCACCAUAUUAUUCCUUCUUGUCCGAUACGCAUGCCGCGUUAUUGCCUUCCAGCCCCGCCAUUGGGGGAAGUGGGGCAAUGAAGUCCCCAGGAAGCCACCACUCCUUCCAUACCUCGUUCCCAUGUGGGGGAGCACGUUAUCCUUCAUUUUUAGACCACGAAACUUCAUGAUGAGAGUUGGGCGCCAUUUUGGAAGGUUCAUGCCGGUCCGAGUGCGUCUCUUAUUUGGGGACGUUUACAUCAUCCGCGGGCAAGAGAACAUCUCCAGCCUCUGGAAGGAAUCGACACAUUCCAACUACACCGAAUUGCUUGGCUUCAUGCUCGACCGCAUGUUUGACAUGCCCGCAAAGGCGUUGAAGCUCUGGAAAGAUGACUCCGGGUUCCUGCCGAAACCACAUCCCAACAGCAACACAGCGCCUAACAAUCGCAUUGAUGCGAUUAUCCAUCAGCUGGCGCACGACUUUCUUCUCAGUCCACGCUCUUCUCAGAUCGCGGAUCGCUUUUCCAAUCUUCUGGAAAAGCGACUUUCGGGUCUUCCGAUCGGUUCGCAAUGGGUCGGAAUGGACGACCUUAUGGAGUUCUUCCAGCUCCAGAUGACAUCCGCAAACAUCGAGGCGCUAUACGGCCCAAUCCUCCAGUCAGAGCAGCCCACGCUCUGCGAGGACUUCUGGCUCUUCAAUCGGCACAUCGGAGCGCUGUGUAAGCAGUUCCCGAAGUGGACGGUGAACUGGACGGUCCCGCAGGCGUGUGCGGCGCGAGCGAGAAUUCUCCGGACGAUCAAGCACUGGCAGAGCCGAAUGCUAGGAAAGAGCAACAGCGAUGAGAAACUUCCCGAUGCGUAUUGGAAUGCCGAUUUCAUCCGGAAGUGGCAUGACAAGCUCACUGGGAUGGACGGCUUCGACGAAAAUGCCGUCGCGUCGCUGUACUUCAGCAUGCUCUGGGUCUCGAAUGUUAACAUCAUCCCAUGCGCAUUCUGGACAGCUUUGGAGCUAUACCGCGACCCCAGAACUCUUGCAGAAGCUCGCACCUCAGCCACGCGGUGCAUGUCGGCACCAGUCUCGGACGCUCUUUCGCCACUUCCUUCAAUACCGGAUUUGACGAAAGACCCGCUGCUGCAGUCUGUCUUCGCAGAGGCGCUGCGACUUCGCACUCACGCGUAUAUCACGCGAUACUUCUCCCACAAAUCCGUCGUGGUGGGAAAGGAAUGGCUAAUUCCUCAGAAGAAAAUAUGUUUGCUUUCAACAAUGCCCGCACACCAUGACGAGACUAUCUGGAACACGUACAAUGGGCGCUUCCCUCUCGAAACCUUCUGGGCGCGCCGCUUCAUCAUUGAUCCCGAGGAUCCUAUGAGCGGCCCGAUCAAGCCAGAGGCUAGAUCACAAACGAGGCGAUCUCGUGCUGACUCCGUGACCGGAGAGGGCACACAGCUGACCUUCUCCACGGAAGGUCUUUCCGCGUCAUGGAUCCCAUUCGGCGGCGGGCCGAGGGCAUGUCCGGGACGGCAUGUCGGGAAGCAGCAGGUGCUCGCAACGAUCGCACUGCUGAUCCAGCAGUUCGAUAUCGAGAUCUUGGCGGAUGAGCCUGCCUGGGAGAUGGAUGAGUCGGGCUACGGACCGGGCGUCCAACGCCCUGUAGCGAAGGUUCCGUUCAGGAUUAGGCGUCGGGAAUCAUCUGUUUGAGGGGGGUCGGGGACCUUCCGGCCAGUCGUCCAAUCGUUUCAUAUGUUCAAGGUAUUGAUAUUAGCCCAUGACGAAAUACAAUGAGCUGGCGUGGUGUGAGAUAUCCCGCUAAUACCUAUCCGAUUCUGCCUGCUUCAAAAGC